CAACCCACCAUCUUUUGUCUAUAAAACCACAAGACCUUGAAUCCAUAACAACCUCUUGAAUAAAUCUACUCUCUUUCCAACAACAAAAAAUCUUCCCUCCAAAUCACAUGGCUUACUACAGAAGAAGCCAAACCAGCUCCUUCUUAGAAGGGUUUUCUCUAAGCCCUCUGCCCUACCCAGUACUCCUAAUCCUGGCAGUGAUCUCCAUCUUCUUGGGCAUCUCAUGGUACUCCUCCUACGAGUCAGCUGUGGAAGAAGCUGAAGGGCAAUUCAAUUGGGUGCUUUUGCUCACGCCAAUAUUUCUCAUCCUCAUUGUGAAGGGGCUCUCAUCUAUGGAUCCUGGUUGGCUCUUCUCCAUGUCGCCGUGGGACCGCCGCCGGAGGACUCACCAUAUACCUUCAGAGGGAAGCUCACCUUGGGGUGUUGCUGCUUUCAUUAUUCUCUUGCUUGUUUUGCUGCAAUACCAGUCUUCUUUUCGUGAUAGCUGGCUCAUUUAAUUAGCAUGCGGAUGUAGUAGGAUUGUUUGUUUUUUUUUAUGCUCUGAGUUCAAGUUUUGUAUGUGUAUAUUGGAGCUGUAUAUAGUGAAGUUUGAUCUUCUACUUCAAA